AUGCCUCCCAGCCAUGCAGAAUCGCUCUUCCUUGACUGGUGGCUCCACGAGGGGCUGCCUCCCGAAAACGAGUACCAGGUCAUCUGGUACCUGACCUGGAGCCCUUGCUGCAAAUGUGCAGUCCAAGUGGUCGAGUUCCUGAAGGCACACGGUAAUGUGCACCUGAACAUCUUUGUUGCCCGCCUCUACUACACCAAGAAACCAGAGACCCACCGCGGGCUCCACAGCCUGUGGCAGGCAGGGGCCCAGAUCAAAAUCAUGUCUGCCCAAGACUUUGAAAACUUUUGGGAAAACUUUGUGGACCAUCAGGGAACACAGUUCCAGCCUUGGGAGAACCUGAAUGCAAACUACAAGGCUUUGGACAGGAUGCUUGAGGACAUUCACAGGAGCACAAUGGAUCUGCUCACCAAAGAGAUGUUUGACUCACAAUUUAACAACCGGCGCCGUGUCGGAAAGCCCUACUACACAAGGAAUGCCUACUUGUGCUACCAGCUGAAGGGCCCCCAACCCGUCAAACGCUGCUUUCAGUACAAGAAAAGUUACCAUGUGGUAAUUCGCUUUAUUGACGAGAUCACUUCCAUGACACUGGACCCAGCCAAUAACUAUGAUAUCACCUGCUACCUCACAUGGAGCCCCUGCCCUUACUGUGCCCAGAGACUGGUCAAGUUCAUCAAUGAUUGCCACUACGUGAGUCUGCGCAUUUUCAUGUCCCGACUGUACAACCACUGGUGCAAGGACCAUAUACAGGGCCUGCAGCAUCUGCAUAAAUCCAACAUCCAAGUGGCCGUCAUGACCAAAGAGGAUUUCACAGACUGCUGGGAAAACUUUGUGGACCACCAAGGGGAGCCCUUUGUAGAAUGGAAGAAUCUGGAGUCAUACAGUAGGAGCAUAGCUCGACGGUACAGGAAAAUUGUGGAGCGCUCACCCACCCCCCAUCAAGAUGUUUUAAAUGAAGACUUCAGGAAUUUGCACCUUUGA